AUGGCCAUUCGAGAGCUAAGAGAACACAUUGAGAAAUUAAUUGCAGAAGAUAAAUACAAAGAAAUAGAAGAAGUGAUAAAUAGGCCAGAAACGGAUCUGGCCAUACAGGAUAUAUACAGAAUACUUGUGCAGAGCGCGCCAGAAGAGAUGGAAGUAAUUAGAACACUCAAUAAGCACAGCUCAUCGUACGUCCCAUAUCUCGUCUAUGCAGACUACCUUGUAAGGAAAAACAGAACAGAGGAAAGCAUAGAGCACUACCAGACAGCUCUGAAGGUGUGCAAAGACCCGGCAGAAGUAACUGACAUAAUGAAGAUGCUUGUGUUUGCGCACCUGCAGUGCCGCGAUCUAUCAGGCGCCUUCUACACCGGGUGGUCUCUGAUUGAGGCACGCCCCACACACUAUAACCUGCGCCUCGUGAGGUUCAUCUGUGAGCUGAUUGAAAAAUCAAAAUUGUUGAAGAAGCUUAAAUUGGAGGCAGAGAAAACAAAAAGAAUAAUAAACGAGUCGCUCGCUCCCUCGCUCGAGAUAGAGACAGAGCACAUAAAAGAAAAAGACAUAGAAAUAGUGGGAAACCCAGGGAUAAAAGAGUUCCUUCAGGAGCACCACAUAAGCAUAGACGGCUCUUUCGAAGUUGGAUACAAAAAAGAAGAUUUGCAGUACACCAGCCUCCUGGACAAACAAAAGUACAAUGAAUUUGUAGAAAAAUACCACGAGAAUAUUGUUCCCUCUGAGUUUAAGAAAGGGGAAAAAAAGGAGGUGGAUCUGUUCAAGUACCUCAUAAAAACAGAAGACAUUCUGCUGCUCUACAAGAUAGCCAACACCCUGUACAUCAACAGCCAUUACAACAGCGCCUCAACAGUCUUCAAUGUUUUGAUAGAGCAGUUUAACAAACUGCACCAUCUGCGCUCUAAGUUCAUGCAGCUGGCGACUGUUUUGGACUCUCGGACCUUUCUUGAGAUAUUCCUGCUGUCUCCGGCACACUACAAUCUAUACACAGAGACAGUCAAAAAGCACAACAUAUCGAUAUACCUAGUGACAAAAGGGAAAUCAAAAGACCAUCCAUUUGACGAAGUAUUCCAUGAGCACUUUGCUGACAAACUGUCGCAUCAGCACUACAAUAUGCCCAGUACGUACAAAAACAUCUGA